AUGAGGUUCUCAACCUCCGCCCUCGUGCUCGGCGCCGCCUCCACCGCGGUCGCCCUGGACCAGCACGUCCUUGGUGGCAACGACAGUCCCUUCGACUCCAUCAAGACUGCCGGCGAGAACUGGUUGUCGGCGUUCGAGGACAAGUUUGGCAAGAUGACCUCUGAAGCCAAGGCCGUCUGGGACGAAAUCACUCUCCUCGCUCCCGACGCUGUCGAGGCCUUCAAGAAGAACGCCAUUCCCUCCAAGCCCAAGCCCCACCGCCGCAAGGCUGAUAAGCACUGGGAUCACGUCGUCAAGGGCGCUGACCUUGAGAGCAUGUGGGUUGAGAAGAAUGGCGAGAAGCACCGCAAGGUUGGGGGUCCUCUCAAGAACUUCAACCUGCGCGCCAAGAAGGUCGACCCCUCCGCUCUCGGCGUAGACAAGGUCAAGCAGUACAGCGGUUACCUCGAUGACGAGGAGAACGACAAGCAUCUCUUCUACUGGUUCUUCGAGUCCCGCAACGACCCCAAGAACGACCCCGUUGUUCUGUGGCUCAACGGUGGCCCUGGCUGCUCUUCCCUCACCGGUCUGUUCAUGGAGCUCGGCCCUGCUUCUAUCGACAAGAAACUCAAGGUUGUCAACAACGAGUGGUCGUGGAACAACAACGCCUCCGUCAUCUUCCUUGACCAGCCCGUCAACGUCGGCUACUCCUACUCUGGCUCUUCCGUCUCCAACACGGUCGCUGCUGGCAAGGAUGUCUACGCCCUGCUCUCCCUCUUCUUCCACGAAUUCCCCGAGUACGCCAAGCAGGACUUCCACAUUGCUGGCGAGUCCUAUGCCGGCCACUACAUCCCCGUCUUCGCCUCUGAGAUUCUCUCUCACGAGGACCGCAACAUUAACCUGAAGAGUGUCCUGAUUGGCAACGGUCUCACUGACGGCCUGACCCAGUACGAAUACUACCGCCCCAUGGCUUGCGGAGAGGGUGGCUACCCUGCCGUUCUCGACCAGGGCGAGUGCCAGGCCAUGGACAAUGCUCUUCCCCGCUGCCAGAGCCUGAUCAAUAACUGCUACGAUUCUGGCAGCGUCUGGUCUUGCGUCCCCGCCAGCAUCUACUGCAACAACGCCCUCAUCGGCCCUUACCAGCGCACCGGACAGAACGUCUACGACAUCCGUGGCAAGUGCGAGGACAGCAGCAACUUGUGUUACUCUGCUCUUGGCUGGAUCGCCGACUACCUGAACCAAGAUUCCGUCAAGGAGGCCCUCGGCGCCGAGGUCGACAGCUACGACAGCUGCAACUUUGACAUCAACCGCAACUUCCUCUUCGCUGGCGACUGGUUCCAGCCCUUCCACCGCGUUGUUCCCAAGCUUCUCGAGAAGAUCCCCGUCCUCAUCUACGCUGGUGAUGCUGACUACAUCUGCAACUGGCUCGGCAACCGUGCCUGGACCGAGGCUCUCGAGUGGCCCGGUCAGAAGUCGUUCAACAAGGCCGAGGUCAAGGGCCUCCACGUUGGCAAGGGCGAGGAAUACGGCAAGGUAAAGUCCAGCGGCAACUUUACCUUCAUGCAGCUCUACGGUGCUGGCCACAUGGUCCCCAUGGACCAGCCCGAGGCUUCCUCAGACUUCUUCAACCGCUGGUUGGGCGGUGAGUGGAGCGCUUAA